CUGCUAUCCCUCAUGACCACGUCCUCCUCCUAUCCCUGUCUCCCCGGCCUUCACCCGAAGCUCCCCACUACAUCGGGACCCUGCCCAGGUGUGGGAUGUGUCUGUAGGCCUAUCCCACUCGCCAGAAGACUUCGACUGGGUGGUGGACUACUUCGACUUCAUAUAUUCCGACGACCACGACUACGAAGCGACAUAUGACAUCCUUUUGCUAUUCGUUAGUAUGAAAGCGUGCUGCAGCUCCGCUAAACAACAUCUGUUCAUCGAGAGGCUCAUCGCCUGCAUGGACAGUAACAUGCCUCUCCACAUACGCCAUGCUGCUCUUCGCGCUGCUCACAUUGCCCGAGAAGAAAUUGCCUCGAUCGAUGCCAUUGAUGAUGCAGACAUGAUGACCAAGCUCUCCCCCGCUAUUCUAUCCGUGCUUUGUCCGCACCCGGGUAGAACACCCGCCAAUGAUGAUCUCAACCUCUUUUUCGACUAUAGCCGCGACUUGUGCUAUCUCGGACUGGUCUAUCCCCUCGCAAGAAAUUCUGGCUGGCACCCCUAUUUGUCUGGGGAUCGCCAUGUUGAUCGGUGCAUUGGCAUGAUUCCACAGUACUGCAAUUCUGAAUCACCCACGCAGCAUGCCUUUUACAUAGCUGGUAUCCUCCUCCAAAUCACAUCUGAACAGACAUCGGUCACAACGCUCGAUCCUAUUACAGAGCAGCAGUGGUGGGACGUGAUGAAAAGCGCGUGGAGUAAUCCUCCCUAUGGCAUUAACAACGCGUGCUAUUUCAAGAUCCUUCUUGUCCUUGUGGAUGCCACAAAGAAGUAUAUGCAGAUUGCUUCGAAAUCUGAUCUCGGGCAACUCAUCCCCAAUUUGGAUGAGACGGUCGAAAGGUUGGAGUGGGACAUGCAAGAGGAGAGGCGAUUACAGGAGAUGGGACAGGAGAUGCAAGACUCAGAGCAGAGAGAGGGGAUCAUCACUGCUGCGAAGGAGUUGAGGACUGCAGCUAGCAACAUGCUGGAGAGCUUUGGUCAGUAAUUAUUAGUCCCUUGAUCAUGACUUGCAUGCUGCGUUAGAGUCUUGUAAUAGAUGAAGUCACACGGAAGUGGGGAGUAUCAAGACCUCAACGAAAUCGAUAUUGAACUAUCAGCCAUCUCUAACUUGGUAUAUGCUUGUCAUGCGUGAGGGACUACGAGCAAUGGAUGCAAAUAUCUGGGAGACCAGCAUCUAAAUGUUGACUGGGAGAGGGGAGGUUGGUCCGCGGGGACAAAAUUAGACAAGGUUCUGCGCUCGGCUGCCCCAGUCACAUCCCUUCAUCGGUUUGCACAGAAAGACAAAGACGGGGCGACACAUGCA